AUGGCCAUCGCGGCGGUUACCGAGGCGGAAACGCGGCUCUGUGGGAACUGCAAAAAGGACAUUCCUGCAGUUAAUUUCAUCAUCCAUGAAAUCCACUGUAGCAGGAAUAUUGAAGUGUGCUGCUUCUGCAGCGAAUCCAUCCCCAAGUCUGAGAUGAAGAACCACAUCGAGGCUGAGCACGUGCAGGUAACCUGCAAGUGUAGGAUGAAGAUAGAAAACAGUCUCCUGAAGGAUCACGAGGCAUCAGCGUGCCCUCUGCGCCCUGCCCUCUGCCAGUACUGUGACAUACAGCUUACCUUCAAGGAGCUGCUGGACCAUGAAGUUUACUGUGGAGCCAGGACUGAGCUGUGUGGAGGGUGCGGCCGUAACGUCAUGGUCAAAGAUCUCCAAGAGCAUCCUCGGGUCUGUGGGCAAGAGGUGAAGCAAGUGAGAAGCAGCAGAGCAGUGGCUCGCUUUGAGGAUGAGGAUGUAGUUCUGCGCACCCUUCGAGAUGUCAGAAGGCAGCUCAGAUCAGAGAAUGAACUGGAGCAGCUGGGGAGAAAUGAAAACGCUCAUUCCUCACUCGACGACGAGUGGAGCCCUGACCUAGACUUCGUGUUGGCUCUCAGCCUCCAGAAUGAGAACCAUCAGCGCAGGAACACUGCGGCUGAAAUGCCCAGGGACUGCUGGGGAAACUGCCACGCCAAAGGGCCUGUGUCGUCUGCCUGUCCUAAUGAAGGAGACGAGGCAGAUACCUGCUGUGACUCUUCCGUGCCUUUUAGCUUGUCAAACCAUGCAGAAAAUGAGGAGGUCAUCAUGUUGCCGUGUGAGUUCUGUGAGGAGCUCUACCCUGCUGAGGACCUGAUUCUUCACCAGGCAGAAGAUGACAUUAUCAUUCCCUGUGAAUUCUGUGGCAUCCAACUAGAAGAGGAGACACUCUUCCAUCACCAGCACCACUGCGACCUGCGCCCGGCCAGCCCUGCCACCAGCUUUCCACCGCUGCAGCCGCCGUCUCCACGGGCCGGCAGAGAGAGAAGAGGAUCAGGAGAGCUGGCUCGGAGACGGGCCCGGCACCAAG